AUUUUGCAGUAGUUUGUUCGUCUUUAAUAUGUUUCGUCGAUUUUAAUAUGGCGAUACUUCAACGUGGGAAGGCAGAGUCUAAAUCGGAAAAGGACUUAGGCGAGAAAAUGUCGGAUCUGAGCGAUGAUGAAGCUCCGGAAGAAGUCACGUUUAUCGACUCGAAAGCAACCGCACUGAAGAGCGUUAAAGACGCGAGGGAUUCAGUUAAAAGAGGAAAAGAGCUGCUGAAAGAGAAGAGGCGAAAAAGACAGUUGCUUUUCCAAGAGCAAAAGAAAAGCAGACUUUUACCAGAAACACUUUUGAAGGAAUUUGAGACCGUGGCUCAAAAAGAACCACAGGUGGCAGAGCAGAAAGGCAAUCAGAAGGAGAGCAAGGCAGAAAAGGUGAAGAAGAAGAAGAAGAAAAAGGCCCUAAAAGAUCUCACAGCUUGCUUUAGGUUGCAGGGCAACUGCAAGGUGAUGCGGGUGAAGGACAGCUCUGCCGAUACCUCAAUGCAGAAGUCGGCUAUGGAUUUCAUCAAAGAACGUCUGUAUGGCCCUGGAAGCCAGAGAACAACCAAUGCUGAACUUCUCUCUCUACAAAAGAAACGUGGACCCAAUCAAGGAGCUGCAGUGCAGUUUGUGGAUAAGAAAUUGGGAGCUGAACAGAAGGCCAAGGCAGUAAAGUGCAACGAGAGGUUUAUUCACAGACAGAAGCUCCUCUAAAGCUGACACGCUUUUGAUUUUUUCUUUUUUUUUCUUUUGGUGCAGCAACAUGACAACGACUGCCUGCUCAGAUUUCCGCUGUUUCAGUCAGCGUUGUUACACGCUGCUGUAUAGACCAAACUGAGACACACUGCUGUGAAACACUGUCUCAUUGAUUUGUGUCUGGAAGCAGCUUGUCGCUAAACGAAUCAUUAAGCAUUGGCAUCACCAACCUUGAACAGACUUGUUUUCGUUAUUGUUAGCAUUCUAUGGAGUAUUUAAAAAAAAAAAAAAAC